AUGGCAGGAAAAAUUCAGCCGAUCGGAGCCAACGCACCGGCGGUUCGGCGUGGGAAGCGGAGCAAGACGGCGCUGAUAAAACUAAUACAUGAGAGCCAAGAUUACUUGGACGGUAGAGCGACGGUUUUUCAUUCUUGUUAUCUCUCUGCAUGGGCAAAUACCAGCUCGGAAAUGAAACAGUCGGUAGUUCUGGGUCACUUCAUUCUGCCACCUGCUUGCUUGCAAGAAGAAAUCAGAAGGAAAAUCGGUAGUUUUAUUUGGGAGCAGAUGGAUGAAUCCCUUACGGAAAAGACACAGUGCAGCAAAAGUCGACUUGAGGAACCAGAGACAGGGAGGAAAAACAGCGAGCAGGAGGUGGAAGAUGCACUAGAUCCGCCUGAAAGCCGUGAAGGAAAAACAGCUUCAAGAGAAACAAAGCGGGAGGAAUUCGCAUACCACACACUUCGGGAAUACCCGGUGAAUAACAUGGUGACAGGCUACCCCUCUGCGCGCAACAUGAAGAAAUACACCGGGGAGCUCCGCGAUUUCACUCCCGGCGCCUCGGGGUACACGGCCUACUGGAUCCAGAAUGACACCAACAUUCGCUCUGGUGCGAAAAAUAAGAGAAGAUGCCACGUACCAGGCAGCUCGUUCCUAACAAAAACUCGAUUCAGCUCUGCCGGAACGUUCCCGGGCACAUAG